ACCACUCCAAACUCCAAAGUCCCAGCUCCCAACACAACACCCAUCCUCAUCAUCCUCUGUUCCAGUCCAGCAGCUAGCUAUAGCUAGCUAGCAGAGCUUCUCCCUCCUCCUCUUUCUCUUCGCUCACAACGCUACGCUAGCUCCAUAGUUUCAGUCGCAAGACCGAGUGACCGACAGAGAUGAGGCGCUGCAGCAGCAAGAUCUCCUCAUCACCGCCCCUUGUCGCUCUCGCUCUCCUCUUCCUCCUCGUCGUCGUCUGCUCCUCCUCCUCCUCCUUCCAUGGCGCGGCAGCUGCUCGCCCCCUGCAGCCUGCUGUUCCUCUUCCUCCUCUGAUUGCUCACCAUGAGGAUGGUGCCAAGGCGGCGGCGACGGCGACGGCGGCGGCUUCUUCUGCAUCUGACGGCCUAGUGCUUGAUGAGAGUGCUGCCGUGGUCAGCGGCGACGACGAGCUUUCACUUUCAGUCUCAUCCGAGGUGAUGGGAGCAGAUCAGUCGGAGUUGGAGGAGGAGGAGGGUGGAGUGGCGUGCGAGGAGGCGGGCAACGACGACGAGUACUGCAUGCAGAGGCGGCUGCUCCACGACGCGCACCUCGACUACAUCUACACGCAGCACAAGGGCAAGCCAUGAGGCACGAGGAGGAGGAUGCAGAUGGAGGAGCGAGGAGCUUGCAGUUCCGAGCUCUUCGUCUCGGUUGCUACGGCCUGCUUGUUGCAUUGGAGUCGUCGUACGUUCAUGCUGGAAAGUUCGUUGAAGGGAAUAUAAUCACUUGCUAGCUUAAUUUAAUGUAAUGCUGUUACUAAUUAACAUCCGUACGUCUUCUCCGUGUAGGAGUAUAGUAGUAUAUACUAGUACUAGUAUGCUUGUGUACUACGUGUACGUACGUCUGACAUCUCUUUGUACGUCUCCAAGCUAGUCUAAUACCUGCAUGGUGGUGGUGCAAUUUUCUCUAGUCUUUUUUUUUGUCUUGGUACUAUUAUCAAGAAGAAGAGCACAUGGUGGUGCUAUAGAAGAGCUCUUCUCUCUUUCCUCUAUCUACAUAUAUAUAGAGUGUGUACUAUGUCAUUUACAUGA